AUGUGCGGGUCACGCCGUCGAUACGAUCCUCAUGGCAGCGGAGAUGGCGUGUUCGCCGGCGAUAGGGACGAAAGUGAGAACAGGCGUAGGAGCGCGUAUAGUAAAAUUACUGGCUGGCCGACAAUAGAAGCGCGGCAGAGGAAGCGAGCCACGUUGCGGCGGCAGCAGCAGCAGCAGCAGCAGCAGCAGCAGGCCAGAUUCAAACUCAUCCCCGUUCUGCCUUCGGCUGGCACCUGUGUCGACGCCGCGGACCUGCCGACUCCACGUCGCGGACUGCGUGGCUGCACGCCGAGCUUGGACCCUCCGCUGUCGAUCGCCCUCAGCAUCAAGACAGGCGCACCCACUCCGCUCGCCGCAUCCGUUGCAAAUGUGUCGAUUACCUCCCUCGCGCGCCAGUCCUCGGCACAGGCAGAGAUCGUUCAACACGAGGUCACAGCAGCAUGGAUGGGCCGACCAGGGCCGAAGGGAAUUGUCGAGAUGCCUUCGUUUGGAGUGCAACCAUCAUUCUGA